UACGUUGUAAAUUCGAUGAAUUGAAAUUUUACUGUCAAUUUUUGUAGAAAAAUCGACUCAUAAUAGUUUUGAAUUUCAGUGGAAAUAUAGUCGGUGCAUAUUCUGGAACUAACUCUUGAGCAUUUUACAACCAAGGCAAUGUUAAGAUUCCAUCCCAAGUUGGGAAGUGAACGUGGCAGUGAGUGGUUAUGCUGCUUCUGCCUACAUGUUCGGACUGGCACAAUUAUCCUGGGAUCAUGGCACCUGUUCCUGCACCUAGUGGCAUUAGGAGUUUUAGCAGCGAUUGUGCGUGAUCCUCGAUUGCUGGAUGAACUGGACCGUGAGUCAUCCCCAGUGAGCUCAUGGAGCAAUGUGGGGCGCACCGGAGAUGUGCUGCCCACACCACUGUCAAAUGUGGAAACUCGUCCCAGCCCAUAUUCUCAACAUGCUUCACAUCCAAGUGACCACAGCCUAAUAUACCAUGAUGCGGAUGUGGGUGCGAUGGUUACAGUGGGUACCAUGGCUCUCACACUGAUUAUGAUCUACGGCGCCGCUCGUGGGAAACCGGCUUAUCUGCUGCCCUUCUUCUGUCUUCAGAUCUUCGACUUUGCCAUCACCAUUUUGACGGCAACUGGCUAUCUGUGUUACCUGCGUCAAAUCCAUGCCUUGAUUGCGGAGACCCGUCGCGUUCCCUUCCGCGAGGAGUUGCUGCGGCUGCCGGCGCCAGCCCUUGCCUUCGUCGUCAUCUCUGCUUUGAUCGUGGCCGUGAUAAUUAAAGGCUACUGCAUUAGCGUUGUGUGGCGUUGCUACAAGUACCUUACGAUGAGGACGGCGGCCCUGCAAAGCCUCACCCCGUUCGUAAUCUCGAGCGACGGCAUCGUGACCUCCGCCCCCGCGCCCCCCUACCCGCAGCCCGCGACGCCGGACUACUCGAGCCUGCUGCCGGACUACGAGGAGGCCGUGAAGCAAACCCCGCCGCCCUCGUACCGGGCCGCCACGCUGAUGGCCGUAGCCGACCCGGAAGCUGCUGCUGUCUCCGAAUCUCGUCCAAUGGAGCAACAGACGGGCCGUCCCGUGGCCAGCGCCACCAUCGUGGUGCUACCACAGGAGGGAGCACACGCUCGCGUCUGAUUCUCCAACAAUAAACAUAUGUCGUCACCGCUUACUUAUAAAAAUCGUUCGUUUAAAAUAAAUCCAGCUAUGCUGUAAUCUAUCUAUCGUAAACUAAAAUUCUAUAACAAUUUUGAAUGAGACUGCACCUUUAUUGUAAACUGACGGUAUUUGUAAUUAACUGAUGACACACGCUGAUGGCGACCUAGCGCUCUGCACUCCGAAUGAUGACCAUAAUUUUAAUGUUCAAUUUGGUUCAUUUAAAUUCGUACUAAUUAGAGAUGACAUUGGACGGAGUGAACAAUAGAGGGCACUGUUGUAGUGUAGUAUAAAAUCUAAUCAACUUGAAUUGUACGCGGAGUAUUAAAAACAACGCUUUAGUCUCUAGUUUGAUACUUUAGAAUAAAAUUUAUUGAAAAAUCUUUAAUAAAAAUAUCUAUUAGUUAGUUGAUCGCAUGGUCGCUGUCGGUUUAUUCCUAUUUCUUAUGAUGUUUCCAUUUAAAGGGUAUAAUACAAUUUAUUUUGUUAGUGUUUCAUAUAAAUUGUAACUAUGUGUGUGUAAUUCUUAGAAGGGUUUCUAAUUGGAAACCAAAAACAAUUUCGGGAAUGAACUUAGAAUAACUUAAUAAAAAAUCUAGUGCAUGCUUUACUAUUCCAAAAAAGACACUCUUGAAUUUGUCCGUAAUUGAAAUGUACUUAAAAAGCUUCGAUAGGAAAAAGCGUUACCCGAAAACAUUUUAAUCUGAAUGUAAAUUGGUUAAUAAAUAAUACACUGUGACCGUAGGUAGUGCCAUGUCGUUAUAUUUUCUAAAUUAUAUUUUUGUACUAGAUAAUGUACUGUUUGCAAAUUAUUACUAGUGUAUGCAAAUUUAAUAAUCUCAAGAAAUCCUUAAAAAUGCUUAAGCUUUUGGAAGUGGCAUUUGAAACAUUCCGUCUCAAGUAAAAAAAAACAUUAAAUAUUUAGCGCUUUGUAAUUUGAACAUAUGGCAAGAUUGCCCUAUAUUUUACAUAUAAUGUUUGUAUGUUUUCAUAUCAUUAAAUAAGUCAAAGGCAAAUACUAGAGAAAUCCUGACUAAAUAUUUUACCUUUAGAAAAAAAAAAUUACAGGGUCAGCGACCAGAAUAUUGAUUUGCGAAAGUUCAAUGAUAUUAUAAUUAAUUAUAUCGUAUAAUUUAUAACACAGAUACACGCUUAAAAGCAGCGCUUUUUUAUUAACAAGAAGAACACUAGUAAUGAGGUAUAAUAUAGGCCUAAACACAUAAAAAGGUUUCUUGUACUUAAUAUCUACUUGACUAUUUGAAUUCACCUAUAUGAGUCUUAUGUAUGGAAUCAAAAGAUUUAUGUUAUAUCCAGAUAUUAUUAUUUGUUAAUCAAGACAAUUAUUUGUUUCCAGCACUAUUCGUUUGUUUGGGAUUAUUUCUGCAAAGUUAUUUGAAAUGCACUAUAAAUUAAUUUACAUGUGUUUGAAGUAUGUGUAGUGUUAUAACUUAUUAUCCAAAUAAAUCAUUCAUAAAACAAA